AUGGACCGUUUUGGUGCGGCCAAUGGGCGACCUAAUAUCUUCUCAAGCAACGCGCCGUUCCCCGUGCUGUCGGACAAGUCCACCUCGUCAACCACGCCAUUUGCCCACGACGACCGCCUCGGCUCCUUCACUUCCUCUUCCACCUCGUUUUGCGAUGGCAACAACGCGUCGCUUCGCGGCUCCCUCCCCGGCGCGUCCGCUGACAUCCCGGCGCUUCCCUCCGUGCAGCAGCCGUCCGGCGACACGAGGAAAGAAAACGCGACGCAGAAAACGAGCCAGUCGUCCAGCCAUUUCCCUGCCGCAGUGGCGGAGCGAAGCGGCAGCCGAGGAACGCGCAAUAGCGACGAUGACGGCGGCGGUGGCGGAGACGGCGGUGGCAGCGGGCGGCACCAAGACCCGGCAGAAAGCGCGGCGUCGUGUCAGUGCGUGCCCAUCGCGCCCAAGAGCCAGCUUUGCUGCGGCGGCACGUUCAUUCUCCCGUUCUACUUACCGCAGGAAUGGCGCGAGCCGCUGGCCAAGGCCGCCGAGGCCCUCAAGCAUCCCAUCGCCAUAGCGACCCUCGUUAUGAUCGGUAUGCUGACCGUUUCCGGCGCUCUGCUCUUCUUCACGCUCACGGGCAUAUGGAGGGCUUUCGGCGGGACAGAGGAGAAGCUGUGGUUCGAGUUUUCGAAUCAGAUUCUCAACGGCGUUUGCACGGUUAGCUGCCUGGUUAUGCACCCGCUCCGGUGUUACUACGUCGUGCAGUUGGUUCGCUGGAACCGCAUCGACGUCGCGAGCCUUCGCGCGCUGCUGUCGGCGGCGGGCGCGUUCGUCGCGAAGCCGGACGAGCGAUUCCACAUGUCGGUCGUGCUGACGCUGCUUCAACUCAACUGCAUCUUCCAGUACGCGAUAGAGGUCAUUCUCUGGACGAUUCCUGAACCGCAGCGCCCCGUACCCCUUAUUGCGUUCCUCGUUUGUAUCGCUCUGGGUUCGCCGUUCACAGCGGGUUUGUACUGCAUUUUCAGCCCUCUAGGCUGGGCCACGGCUGACCCUCCCGUUCGUAGAAGUUUCAGAAGCUUUGGGAAGAGUAGCACAGGGUCGCAUAAGUCCGUGAGCGAGUCGCACAGUGUCGCAGGCGAGUCGCAAGGAGCAAAAGCGACGCCGUGCGCGCUGUGCGACGGAGUGAUAGCAGGCGAGGGAAAGGCGGAGGUGGUAGUGGUGGUGGCGGACGGACAGGCGCACGGUGAAACGGGGAAGCAAAGCGGGGAGGAGCAGCAGUGCGCGGAAGCGGAGGAGCCGUCGCUGGCGGAAGGCGGAAAGCCGCCCGCGCCGAGGCGGUUUGGGGAAUACGAGGAGUUACUGGCGGGGGAGGGGCAUCGGACGCUGAAGGAUCCGAAGCAAUGGCGGAUUCCAGUGUGGCAGCCAGAAGGGGAGAGAUCAGACGAUGAAAAAUUGCAACGGGAGGGGCCGCAAUGGCAGGGGACUGUGUUUGACUGCUGUGCUGGCGGAUGGUGGAGUGCAGUCAGCUCUACAGUCUGCUGUUUCUGUGUGCACGGACGGCACGUGGAGCGAGCUGGGUUCGGCAACAGGAUUGUCUUCACUGCGACGUUCAUAUUCUUUAUCUUUGGACCUAUUGUGAUAUUCACGAUGGGUGCGCGCAACACUCCAAACACCACCAUGCAGUGGUUUGUGUUCAGCCUGGGCGUGCUAGGGAGCUUUCUCGGGGUGACGUAUGGCGGGUACUGGCGGUGGAAGGUGCGGCGGACGUUCUUGCUGCAGGAGCAGGUGUGGUGCUGCGGGCACAAGGCAGCGACGGACUUUGCGUCGUGGUACGUGCUGCCGUGCUGCUCGCUGUGCCAAGAGGUGCGCACCGUGCGGCACUACCGCUUCCACAUGCUCCCUCACCUGCCCGAUGAGACCCCGGGUGAGGAGCAAGGGGCGGGGCAGGGGAAGGCGGUGAAAGGGGAUGGGGAGACUCAUGAGGCCACUGUACAAACCUGCUCUCGGGCGAGACCAUCAAUGGGGUGGUGGGCUGCUAAGGAAACGCGCCGCGGCGUCAUGGUGGCGGCGAGAGCGGCGCUGGUGGCGCUGGUGGUGGCGCGCUGCUGCAUGCCCCUCGCACGCGCUGCUCCCGUGGUGGACGCCGAGAGUAAGCCGUUGAGCCGAGAGUAA